AGCAGCGUGAAACGCGUGGAAACAGAUGAAAACACGCACAAACAAACGAAGAAAAAAAAACAAAAAAAACGGAGGCGGACGAGUCGAUCAGCGCGGCUUGAGCUGACAGCUGUGAAGUGACGGCGGGACUGAGUCUCUGCUGCGUUUGGAGCCUGAGUCAGAGUGGAGGAGAAAAGAGCCAGGGCAGCAGGAGAGAGGGAAGAAGGACGCAGUGUGGGCGGGUUAAGAAACGCCGAGAGGGAGGGCACGUCAGCGUAACAUUCCCACCGCUUUUCUUCCUCCUGCCGAGUGGGAAAAAACAAGGACGUCCGCCGCUCUCCUCUUCCUCCCCACAUUUCAUCCCUGAUAACCCCACCUGAGCGUCCUUUCUCGAACAGCUUCCGGCCGCUUCCGUCUCCAUCCACCCGCACCUCGGAGGCUGAGCUCUGGGUUUGUUGUCAGCCUCCGGGAGCCGAGCUGAUCUGAACCGAACCGAACCGAGUGUUAGGGGCGUGAGAGGCGGAUGCUGCGAGCGUAGAGGCAGGUUACCAACCAGGAGCAUCACCGCACUCAGAACGAUGGACAGAAUGAAUUUUCUCUCCUUCCUCCUCCUUUGCUUGACUUCGGUUGCCAAUUGCAACAAAGCCAAUAAGCACAAGCCAUGGAUCGAGACAGAGUACCAGGGGAUUGUGAUGGAGAACGACAACACCGUGCUGCUCAAUCCCCCUCUCUUCGCCCUGGACAAAGACGCUCCGCUUCACUACGCUGGUGAAAUCUGUGGCUUCCGAGUUCACAAUGGCCCCUCGGGCUCUGGUUCCGUCCAGUUUGAAGCUGUGGUUCUGGACCGCUCCACCGGCGAGGGUCUGGUCCGGUCCAAAGAGCCGCUGGACUGUGAGAGCCAGCGGGAGCACAGCUUCACCAUCCAGGCCUACGACUGCGGAGAGGGACCGGACGGCGUCAACAGCAAGAAAUCCCACAAGGCCACGGUUCAUGUUCGUGUGAACGACGUCAAUGAGUUCUCCCCGGUGUUUGUGGAGCGCCGCUACGAGGCUUCGGUCCCAGAGGGCCGACUGUUUGACAGGAUCGUGCGGGUCGAGGCUCUGGAUGCCGACUGCUCCCCGCAGUACAGCCAGAUCUGCUUCUAUGACAUCAUCACUCCCAAUGUGCCCUUCGCUAUCGACAACGACGGUAACAUUAAGAACACGGAGCCGUUGGAUUCGAAGCGGCAGCGUGUUCACACCUUCUGGGUGACCGCUUUCGACUGUGGGAAGAAUCGCGCUCAGGCUGAUGCCCAGGUUGUCGUCACGGUCAAGCCGUCCUGCAAACCCGGCUGGAUCGGAUGGACGAAACGUGUGGAGUACACACCCGGGUCAGGCAGCAUCCCGCUGUUCCCCAGCCUGCAUCUGGAGACUUGUGAGGAAACGGUGUGGAACAUCCAGGCCACCGUAGAGCUCCAGACCGGCCAUAUUGGGAAGGGCUGUGACAGAGACAGCUACUCUGACCGCUCUGUUCGGCGACUGUGUGGUGCCGUCAGGGGCGAAGUCGAUCUUCUCCCACCUCCAUCUCCGUCAGCCAACUGGACCUCAGCUCUGCCCACUCUCCCUUCUUCCGAUUCUUCUCUGGUCUUCUCUUUCAACGGGUCGAAUCAUGUGGCAGUGGUUCCUGACUCGGUUGUGUCCGCUCUGUCGGGCGACCACUUCACCCUGCAGCUGUGGAUGCGUCGGGGCGGCGCCAACAUCCAGCCUUCCGCCACUCAGUCCAGAGGAAAUCGCAAAGAGGAGGAGACUAUUGUGUGCAGCACCGUAAAGAACGAUGACUCCUACUCCCAUUAUUCGCUCUCCGUCCAUGGCUGCCGCCUCUCCCUCUUCUACUGGCCCGAUGUCUCGGCCGCACGGCCCGUCAAGUUCCUCUGGAAGCUGGAGCAGGUGUGUGACAGCGAAUGGCAUCAUCUGUCCCUCAGUGUCCAGUUCCCAUCAGUGACACUGUAUGUGGACGGCGUCACCUUUGACCCUGCCCUCAUCCAUGACAACGGCGCCAUCCCGAACCCCGCGCCCCGUCAGAGGAUGCUCAUCGGCGCCUGCUGGGAACUCGAAGAGAAGCAGAAGGAGAUACUAAACAACACAAUCCCAGAGGGAAAAGACUCAGUGAAGUUUGUGGGUGGUUACCACGGCCUGCUGUCAGGGGUGACGGUGCGUCCUGGCAGCGUGGAGCCGCACAGUGUGGUGGAGUGCUUGUAUGCCUGCAGGGAGGGGCUGGACUUCGGAGACCUGGAGACUCUGGGUUCUGGGAUGAAGGUCCAUGUGAACCCCAGUCAGUCGGUGCUGGUGCUGGAGGGAGACGACAUCGAGAGCUUCAACCGAGCCGUUCAGCAGGUCACCUACAGAAACUCGCUUCGCUUCGCCACCCCUGGAGUCCGACCUCUCAAGCUCACCACUUCCCUCAGGUGUUUCAAUGAGGAAAGCUGCCUGUCACUGAAACAGCUGGAGGGAUACCUGGUGGUUCUCCAGCCCGACGCCCCUCAGAUCUCUCUGUCUGGGGUUGGCCCACAUCUGGCCCGUCCGGCCCCUGAGUUUGAAGGACCCCGCGGCGUCCCCCUCUUCCCGGAGCUGCGGAUCGUUUGCUCACUGUCACACGCUGUCAACACGGCUGCACAGGGCAUGGAGGGCGGAGCUCUGAUGUCGGAUGCCGUGGCUCACACUUUGGACGGAUGUGAGGUGCAGCCGCUGGGAGAGGAGCUGAAUCCAGAGCGGGAGGAGCUUCUGGUAGACAUGGACGUUGUGCGAGAGCGAGGACUGGAUAUCAUCAAUACCACCGCUUACAUCGCAAUUACAGGUGCUGAAUCCAUCUCUGUGUACGAGGACGUCCUCCGCUCAGUCCGGUACCGCCUGGCCAAAGGCUCUGGCCGCUUCGAGAGGCGGUUCCGCCUGUCGUGCUCCGAGAUGAAUGGCAGAUACACGAGCAAUGAGUUGACUCUGGAGGUGAACUUCCUCCACUCUUUGGAAAGCCUAUACCACCCUUCCCACCUGCUGGCCUCACAGCAGCAGUUCCUCCAUCCAUCUCAUCAUUCUGGAGAGCUGAGUGGACACACCUUGCCGAACCCACACCGCAACUCAGUGGUUCCAGGAGCAGCCACCGUCAUCAUUAUGGUCUGUGUGGGCUUCCUUGUUGUCAUGGUGAUCCUCGGUGUCUUCCGAAUUCGCUCGAUCCAUCGCCGAGGUGAAGGCUCCAGGGGCGGGGCUAAAGAGGGCAGCAACCAAUGGGACGACUCGGCGCUCACCAUCAUCGUCAACCCAAUGGAGUCCUACGAAUCCCGUAUGGGCAUUUCCGCCGACACGGAGGGCGAUGGAGAGGAGGAGGAAGAGGAGGCAGCGGAGUCACCUGACGACGCAAGCGACGACCAGCGGAUCAUCAUCAAGAAGGAGGGCAGAGACGGAAACGCCCGCCGCUACUGAGCCACAUCUCUCCAUAAAUCAGCUCCCCAGUCACACACUCCGACACUUUUAAUAUCAAACUGACGCCACUAGUAUAAGGAAUGUAUGCUUACAAACACUUCGCACAACACAAUCACCGUAAUACUCUUGACGCUCAAACGCCAUAUGUGACCUAUAGCCGACAACAGGCUGUUGUUCUCCACUUAAAUGUUCAAUGGCACAAUGUGUACAGUUAAUGUAAUUUACCCGCCUAAACAAACCCCCUCCACCAGAAUCGUUUGUGGUGCACUCGUUCUAAAGCAGAAAUCGGUGUCUGUAUAGUGUAACGCUGGUUGAAAGGGACUGUUUAAUCAUCAAGAAAAAUAUUGAUUGUAUUCUAUCCUUUGUUAAUGAGAAGAAUGAAGCAAAAUGUCAGCUGGAACAAGGCUUUGAGUCGAUCCUUAAGCAAAGACACAAUCCUUGAUCCCGACACAUCUUUGAACCUCUUUGUUAGACUCAGAAAGUCUGUGCACAAGCUGUCCUCUCCCUCUCAUCUCCUCUAACCACAGAGUGAAGGCAGUGAGAUUAGACGCACUUAGCUAUUCAAAGGAAACACCUCAAUGUCCUUGCAGUUUCAUUUCCAUUUAUGUAAUAAAGUGGAUCUGUAAGGUGCACACACCCCCGUUAAAACACAUUUCAAAACUUUUUCUACCACCAAAGACAUUUAAGCUGUAAAAUUCAACUGAAAAACAAACAAGAAAGAUGCAAUAAUCUCACUGCAUAACUCCGGUUCCUGGAAUCUAGGAGCGUCUUUUAAUUUCAGUGCUUUCUGUGAUGCUGAGAAAUAAAAUCCAUCUUGAUCUUCAGCUUUUCAUCACACAUGAAGAUUUUGGAUCAGAGCUGACUGCCAUUUGGAAGAGUUUAAAAAGAAUAGAUCAGUCUCUCUAGAUGAAAACCCCACAGCAUUAUGCUGCCUCCACCUGAGGUGGGUGGAGUACUCAAAAACUGUACUCAAGUAAGAGUAGUACCACUUCAACAUAUUUACUCCAGUAAAAGUAAAAAAAAGUAGCAGGAAACUACUCAAGAGUAAAAUGGUAUUUGGUAAAAAUGCUACUCAAGUACUCAGUGUCAUUUUUGGAUUGAAUAUCUAAAAAUUACAUCAGCAAAUAAACCAAAAUAUAAAGUUGUGUGGAAA